CUUGUCGAAGCUUCUGAUACUGGAUUAGAAGCGGUACUGGCACAUGAUGAACUGAGAAAAUUGAAUGAACAAAUUAAAAAAACAACAGCCGCGUUGCUGGCGCUUCCUGUUCCCACGUACCAGAAGGAGCAUGAUGAUUAUCUGGAAGCAAUUCGUAACAGUCAGAAGGAGCAAAAAGCGAUUGUUGAAUUAGCAGUUGAACGUCAACGAAAAGCACUAGUAAAUGAAGCCAGUGCCACUGCGAGCAGCGAUGUUGUGCUUAAUUCGCCCGAUAUAUCCAACACCACCGAGGUUAAUCUCGACUAA